UUUUUUUGCCACGACACAGUGCAAAUUCGCAAUUAAACCAAUUUUUGUGUAGUGUCGUACUGUUGUGAAUCGUUGGUGCUGUGGCAUUUGGAAUAUGAGUGAUACGCGUGAACAGAUUUUGGAACAAAUUAAAGAACAAGGCGAACUCGUGCGUCAACUGAAAGCGUCGAAGGAGUCCAAAGAGAAGGUUUGAUAAGAGCUAAUGCAAGCAAUUUGUUGCUAUAUUUGAAAGCACUUAGUAAAAAGCGAGAAUCAAAAAAAAUUGAAAGUAAAAGUCAAAAACAAAAUGUUGCGUUCAAUUGGCCGCCAGUGGCGCUGUAGUGUUGCGUUUCAGUGCCCUUGCCUUAGCCCUGCCCGCCAGCAGCUGCCGCUGGCGCCAUCUAGCGAGGGGCGCGCGAUGUCAACAAGCGUUGGACAACAAUUGAAAGCACAACAACAGCAACAAUUACAAGAACAGCAACAACAACAACAACAACAAAUGCAUAAGAUCGAUGAGGAGGUGUCCCGCCUGCUGGCCCUAAAGGCCAAACUUGGCGGCGAUGCGGCGCCCGCCAAUCAAAAGUUCACCCUGAAAACACCGAAAGGCACGCGCGACUAUGCCCCGCAGCAGAUGACGUUGCGCCAGGGUGUGCUGGACAAGAUUGUGCAGGUGUUCAAGCGGCACGGCGGCGAGGCCAUCGAUACGCCCGUCUUUGAGCUGAAGGAGGUAUUAACGGGCAAAUAUGGCGAGGACUCGAAACUCAUUUACGAUCUGAAAGAUCAGGGCGGCGAGAUCUUAUCAAUGCGCUAUGACCUGACCGUGCCAUUGGCACGCUAUCUGGCCAUGAACAAAAUAUCCAGCAUUAAGCGCUAUCACAUUGCCAAGGUCUAUCGGCGUGAUAAUCCCGCCAUGACCCGCGGUCGCUAUCGCGAAUUCUAUCAAUGUGAUUUUGAUAUUGCCGGCACCUAUGAUCCGAUGCUGGCGGAUGCCGAGUGCGUCAAGAUUGUUGCCGAAGUGCUUGAUACUUUGGAUAUUGGCGACUAUGUGAUCAAGCUGAAUCAUCGCCAGCUACUCGAUGGCAUGUUUGAGGCGUGCGGUGUGCCUCCAAAUAACUUCCGUGCCAUCUGCUCGGCGGUCGACAAGUUGGACAAGUCACCCUGGGCGGAAGUGCGCAAGGAAAUGGUGGAGGAGAAGGGCCUGGAUGGCGCCACUGCCGACAGAAUUGGCGAGUAUGUGCGUCUCAGCGGUGGCGCCGAGCUUGUCGAGCAACUGCUGGCCGAUCCAAAACUGAAGGCGGUGCCCAAUGCCGUCAAGGGGCUCGAGGGCAUGCAGCUCCUGUUGAAAUACUGCUCGCUCUUUGGACUGGAACAACGCGUCAGCUUUGAUUUGAGUCUGGCGCGUGGCCUCGACUAUUACACGGGUGUCAUCUACGAGGGUGUGCUCAAGGCGGAGCCUGGCUCCACAGGCUCACCCGUUAAGACGCUGCAAAACGGUGAUCAGGCGCCCGAGCAGGGCGGCACCGUUGGCUCCGUGGCAGGUGGCGGCCGGUAUGACAAUCUGGUUGGCAUGUUUGAUCCGCGCGGCAAGGCUGUGCCCUGUGUCGGCGUCUCGAUCGGGGUGGAGCGCAUCUUCUCUGUGCUCGAAGCCAAAUUUGCCGCCAGCAAAGUUAAGUUGCGCACCAACGAUGUUGAGGUGUAUGUGGCAUCUGCCCACAAGGGCUUGCACGAGCAACGACUGCGCGUGCUCAAUCAGCUAUGGGAUGCGGGCAUUAAGGCGGAGCACUCAUACAAGGUGAAUCCCAAGCUGUUGGUCCAGUUGCAGCACUGCGAGGAGCACCAAAUACCAUUGGCCAUCGUUCUGGGCGAUGCCGAGCUGGCUCAGGGCAUUGUCAAGCUGCGCGAGGUACGCACGCGGCAGGAGUCCAAUGUUACCCUGGCAGAACUGCCAGCAGAGAUUCGUCGCCGCCUGCAGGAGUAGCUACUAACGUUCAACGGCUAUGGCCAAUCCUCGCAACGUUUCGAUAUUACAACUAUGCUGAUGCUUUUUUUUUUUUUUUGUUUUUUUUUCUUUGUUCUGCCUAAUUUAUCAAUGCAUUCACUGUGUUUUUUUUUUAUUUAACGUUUUGUAUUAGCUCCCGUCUGCUGCGCCGUCGACCGGACACAUCCAAGUGCUACUAUAUUAUAUGAACCUACCCUUUAGUUGUAGGAAUAAGUUAUAGCAAAUGUAUACCAAAACUGGAGACUACAAAUAAACUGCAAACGCAUUCGCAUUUAAACAAAA